AUUGAGCUUCUUGAAGCUGCUGUUCUCAGAAUCAAGCUCUCUCUGAGAUUCUCUCUGAAUGAUCACACAGAGUCAUACAUCACUGUGUUGAUUGAGAAGGGAGGCAGCAUCACAAUGACGGUGAAGAGGGCAGGAAAUGAACCGGACACAGACAAAUCAGUCAGCAGAAGGGAUGACACCUCACUGCAAGAUGUAGCUAUCAUCAUCACAGCUGUAAGAGAUGCAGGAGGAGGAGAAGAUGUGACAAUGAAAGUGAUGCUCCCGCGGCUCAUUGACACUGCUGUCUUCAUCUUCAACCUGGCUUUCUUAACAGUCACAGAGACUGCAGCUGCACCAUAA